UACACACUUUGUUUUGAUAAAAUUACGAAAGUGGUGUGAGCAGGAUUAGUUGUUACUUGUAUUGUUUACUUUGUAUGUGUCAUCAUACAGUGGUUUCUCAACAAUGGGGCUAACUUUCUCUACGUUCGUACGGAAGUUAUUUGGCAGGAAGCAACUUCGAAUAUUAAUCGUCGGACUGGGCUCUGCAGGCAAAACUACUAUUUUGUACCGGAUGAAAAUGGGAGAAGAUGUUACUCCCAUGCCAACUCUCGGAUUCAAUGUGGAAACAGUUGAGUAUAAAAACAUUUGUUUUAUUGUGUGGGAUGUCGGCGGGCAGGACAAGGUGAGAAGGUUGUGGCAGCAGUACUACGCAAACACGUUCGCCAUUAUUUUCGUCGUUGACUCGACCGACAAGGAGCGGAUGCCUCUCGCCUCGUCCAUUCUGCACAGCCUGCUAGACGAGGAGGAGCUGUCGGACGCCUUGGUGCUCGUGUACGCCAACAAGCAGGACCUUCCACACGCCCUCUCGGUCGUGGCCGUCAAGGACAUGCUGCGGCUGGAUAGUGUCCAGCAUAGGAAGUGGUACAUCCAGGGGACUUGCGCCGUUACCGGAAGCGGACUCUAUGAAGGUCUGGACUGGCUUGCAGACCACAUUUCCAACAAGUAACUGUUUCAUUUUGUUUCCGUACACGUUAACUUUACCUGUGCCUUACUAAUAAAUCACACACAAAGAAAUCCACGUUCUACUCAAGAUGGGCACUACGUUACAAGUGGCCAAUGAAGGAAAAUAGUUUCCGUAUACUUCUUGCCAGGCUGGAUGUAAAGGAUGGACAAGGAACGUGGACAAUUACGGUAUUAAGAGUAUAUGGAGGUGUGUACGCGUUGAGAGCUUUAUUGGCCAUAAAAUCACCUUUAUAUUUGUUUCAGUGGAUUCAAAAAAUUUUCUCCCUGAAAAAUGUCUGACUUAAAAAUUCUGCAGUGAAAAUUUCAUCCGAUAAUAAAUUUCUCUUAAACCUCCACCAAUCCUCCCUGCUGUCAAAAUGAUCAUUUGAAAAUAAAUUCUUUAGACAUGCCA